ACUCCCCCUACGCCGGGAGACCAGUGGAGAGCGAAGGGUAGACCGCGCACGCAUGCGCAGAGGCGCAGCUUGGGGGCGGGAGCCUCUAAGCCCCUUCCCCAAGGCUGUGAAGACCAUCACUAGGAAGAUUAUGAACAUGAUGUAUGUGACAAUGGCUCAAAUCUUAAGGUCUCAUCUGAUAAAUGUUCCAAUGAUAUCUAAUAGAAAGAAAAUGCUCCCAUAUCUUGGGGUCAUUAGACACAGAGCGGUGUCAACUCAUAUAUCCAAAAAGAAGAUGCGAGAAUAUUAUAGGCUGCUAAAUCUGGAUGAAGGUUGCUCUGCGGAUGAUGUCAGGGAAUCUUUUCAUAAGCUUGCCAAGCAAUACCAUCCGGACAGUGGCUCUGAUACUGCAGAUUCGGCAACAUUUGUAAGGAUCGAAGAAGCUUAUCGGAAGGUGCUUUCCCAUGUGCUAGAACAAACAAAUGCCCGACAGAAUAAAGUUGAAGAAGCAGAGGAAGAAGAAGACAAAUUCAAAUACAAAACACCCCAACACCGGCAUUAUUUAAGUUUUGAAGGUAUUGGUUUUGGAACUCCAAGUCAACGAGAGAAGCAGUAUAGGCAGUUUCGAGCUGACCGUGCAACUGAGCAAGUCAUGGAGUAUCAGAAGCAGAAGCUACAAAGCCAGUAUUUCGUUGACAGUUUAAUCGUUAAAGAUGUGAGACAGAGUAAAGAACAAAAGAUAACUCAGGCUAUAGAGCGUUUAGUAGAAGAUCUCAUUCAGGAGUCAAUGGCCAAAGGAGACUUUGACAACCUCAGUGGGAAGGGAAAACCUCUAAAAAAAUUUUCUGGCUGUUCAUAUAUUGAUCCCAUGACUCACAACCUGAACAGAAUACUGAUAGAUAAUGGAUAUCAACCAGAAUGGAUCCUAAUGCAAAAGGAAAUAAAGGAUACCAUUGAUCAACUCAGAGAGGCGAUCUUAGCAUCCAGGAAAAAACUUGGGAAUCCCAUGACACCAACUGAACAGAAACAGUGGACCCAAGUCUGUGAGCAGUUUCAAGAAAACAUCAGAAAACUAAACAAGCGAAUUAAUGAUUUUAAUUUGAUUGUUCCCCUCCUGACCUGGCAAAAAGUCCAUUUUGAUGCACAGAAAGAAAUUGCCAGAGCCCAGGAAGUAUAUGAGACCCUUGUAAGAGCAGAAGAAGUCACAGAUAAAAACCCAAACAACACUGAUCGGGGAGAAAGGGAGAAAACACCUGAAGUCAAGACAGGUUUUUUUAACUGGAUGAAUGUGUGGAAAUUUAUUAAAACAUGACCACUUAAAUAUUCACAGUACUGCCUCAAACCAUUUUCGGUUGUACUGAUGUCACACUUAGAAGCUGAGAUUUAUUGUGGUAACACAAAUGAUGAGAACUGUGAAUCUCUGUACUUUUUCAAAACUAAUCACAUCUCCAGGGAUGCGUGAGGGAGAAAGCUGUAAGAAACCGAGCCUGAGACAUGUUCGACCAGCUUUGCUCUGAGGACGUUGCAAGAAAAGAAGGGAACUUCUAGGAAAACAAACCCAUUCUGGAGUAUAGAUGUCAGUCAUGGGUGAAAUGAAUUAGGACAAGGACUCAGAAGGGGAGUCAUAUAAAGGGCAUUCCAGAAAGUCUUGGUGCAGUUUUCAGCUCUAAUAACUCAAAAGACAGUUGGCUGUUGCCAUCUUCAAACAUAGUUACUGAAGCAAACAACAAUAAGCAAACCUUAAAAAGUAUUAUCAGAAGUCACAAAACUAAGGAAUGGACUGUAGGCAAGCAAACUUUCAAAUGAUGAAUGUUUUUUGCAAGCUUGCUACAUACAUACCCCUGAGUUAUUAAAGCUUAGAAUUGUUCUAAGACUUUCGGGACUUUCUUUAUGUGGGUGGAAAUGUUAUGAUCAGGAAAUUAGCCCAAUGGAGUUAUUGCACUCUUCUUUUUUUAUAAACCGUCUUUGUGGAUACCGAAUAAAACAAAACAAAACAAA